AUGAUACAUGAAAAGACCAUAUUUGUUUUUAAUUUAUUUGAGGUAAAAAAGGGUUUUCUCUUUAGAACUACCCAAUUAUCAAACAUAAAUUCAAAUUAUUAAAAGAGUAGUGCUAAACCCAUAAAUUUAUAGCUUUGA